CCGGCCAGAGAUUUAUUUGGAUUCAAAAUACUUUCUUCUUCAUCAAAAGGCGCAAUCAUGUCUGACCCGCAUAUAUACACCGUUGGUUGGAUCUGCGCUCUAUACAUCGAAUGCGUUGCCGCCCAGGCAUUCUUAGACGACAAGCACGAGCAGCCUGAAUACCUGUCCCCUCACGAUAACAACAGCUAUACGCUCGGCAGGAUUGGCCGGCACAACGUUGUUAUAGCAGUUCUUCCUAAUGGUGAAUAUGGAAUAUCAUCUGCGGCAGGUGUUGCAAAAGAUAUGCUGCGCAGCUUCCCCAAUAUUAGAAUCGGCCUCCUAGUAGGAAUCGGCGGUGGCGCUCCAAGUAAAAAGCAUGACAUUCGUCUUGGAGAUGUUGUGGUGGGCAUUUCGAGUAAUAGAGAGGGAGCUGUGAUCCAAUACGACUUUGGAAAAGCCAUACAAGGCGAAGAUUUUAAAGAAACAGGAUUCUUGAAUCAGGCACCAACGCUACUACGCACAGCGGUUAAUAAUCUAAGGGCAGGGCAUGAGCUGGAGGGAAACCGAAUCCAAAACGCCAUUGACAGCGUCCUUGCUAAAAGACCAAGGCUGCAAAGAAACUAUAAACGCCCUGAAGCAUCCUCCGAUAGACUGUACCAAUCCCUAGUUGUUCACUCAGCGGACGGCGAAGCUGAUUGCUCCACGGUUUGUGGUAUCGACUCAUCAAGCCUAGUCAAGCGGCGCGCAAGAAACGAAGACGAGGAUGACCCGGCAAUUCAUUACGGCCUAAUCGCUUCCGCAAAUACACUUAUGAAAGAUGCUUUAGUCCGUGAUGACCUUAUAGCGAGGAAAGACGUCCUUUGUUUUGAGAUGGAAGCUGCUGGUCUGGUGAAUCAUUUUCCGUGUAUUGUUAUUCGCGGAAUUUGCGAUUAUUCAGACUCGCAUAAAAAUAAAGUAUGGCAACGCUAUGCGGCCAUGACGGCGGCAGCAUAUACGAAAGAUCUUCUUCAUUACAUAGCACCAAAUUGGAUUAACGCUGAGAGGAAGAUCAGUGAUACCUUAUCUGAUCUUUAUGAAGUGACAGAAGAACAUCGUGAUAUUGCAAAGGAGCAACUCCAGAUGCAGAAAGACCUAGCUGCAGAGAGGCUCUCUGAACAAGAGAAACAAUGCCACCAGUUAUUCCGUCUUACAUCUGAUCACGAAGAUGCCACUUAUGAAUGGUACAAAGAACGAAUUGAAGAGAGAGCCGAGAAUACCUGCCUUUGGUUUCUUGAGCACGAGAAUUUCCAAAAAUGGAUGAAUCAAGAGUCAGGCCCUUUACUGGUCACGGCAGAUCCUGGCUGCGGGAAGUCAGUCCUGGCUAAAUAUCUUAUUGAUCAUAAACUACCACAAUCGGCAACCAUCUGUUACUUCUUUUUUAAAGACCAAGACCAGAAUACUUCUCGCCAAGCACUAUGCGCACUGCUUCAUCAGCUCUUCUCUCAAAAGCCAGCACUAAUUAAACAUGCUAUGCCGCAGUUUGCCAGGGACGGACAAGGACUAUCCAAAUCUACCAUGUCGCUUUGGGAAAUUUUACGAAAUGCUACAGAGGAUCCUGAGGCUGGGUCUGUGAUUGUAGUCAUUGAUGCACUUGAUGAAUGUGCAGAGUCUGAAUUUGUGGACUUGAUACGGAAAGUGAAAAGUCAAUUAAAUGACAGCCAUUUGGGGAGCAAGUUAAAGUAUCUAUUAACAUGCCGCCCAUAUGAGCAGAUUACCUUACAAUUUCAUAGCUUAUUGAAGUCAUUUCCAGAUAUCCGUAUACCAGGAGAAGAAGAGUCGGAAGCAAUCAGCCAGGAGGUUAACUGUGUCAUCACACAUCGGAUCAAUCAGCUAUCGGCGCAGCGGAACCUUACUGCAGAAAUUAAGAGUCACUUAACGAAAAGGCUACAAAGCAUUUCUCACAGGACCUACCUCUGGGUGUUCUUAAUAUUUAAGCAUCUGGAGCAGACAGUCUUUAAAGCAACUGAAAAAGGCAUUGAAAGUACUAUAGCUGCGCUACCUAGCAGCAUCAACGAGGCGUAUGAGCGCAUCCUUAAUAGAUCUAAAGAAAGCCUGACAGUGCAGAAAAUCUUGAGUAUUGUCUUAGCUGCUCGCCGGCCGCUAACCCUCCCGGAAAUGAAUAUUGCGAUAAAUCUAGUCAAAGCAUCCCAAACUAUCUAUGACCUUGACUUAGAGGAUAAAGAACUUUUUAAGGCACGGAUCAGAUCUCUAUGUGGCUUAUUCAUCUCGGUGCACCAUGACAAGAUUUAUUUUCUUCAUCAAACUGCCAGAGAGUUCCUUCUCGCAGAGUCAUUAUCGCCUGUUAUUAUCUCACCGUCGUUGAGUUGGCAGCACUCUAUUACUAUUCGCCAUGCACACACUACUCUAGCAGAGCUUUGUGUGGUAUAUCUUGACUUACUUAACUCUAUCGAUGAGCCUCAAAAAGACAUGGAAGAGAUUCGCUCCAAUAAUAGCAAAUAUCUAGACUUUUUGGACUACUCGGCUCAAAAUUGGAACGCGCACUUCUAUGCAGCUGACAUUGCUGACAAUGCUGCCAUUUUAUCUUCUGCGAUACGGAUUUGUAAUCCAAAUUCAAAAAGCUACUCAUUAUGGUCCCAAAUAAUUCCGAGGUAUAGAUAUGACAGUCCUCCCGAGAAUGCUACGGAGCUUAUAUUAGCAUCGUAUUAUGGACUUACAGCUAUGGCGAGACUAUGCCUCGAACAGGGAUAUAAUAUUGAGACAAGGAGUGGCAAUCAUACGUCAUUACAAUGGGCAACUUUCCGAAAGCAUAAGAAUAUUAUUAUGCUGUUGCUCGAGAAAGGAGCCAAUAUUGACGUAAAGACCUAUAAUGGUGAGACACCACUAUUACAUGCGGUUUCAGAGGGCCAUGAAAGUAUUGUUGGGCUGCUGCUUGAGGAAGGAGCUGAUAUUGAGGUAAAGGAUAACAUAUAUCAGACGACGCCGCUAUGGCGGGCAGCUUCAAAGGGUUACGAAGGCAUUGUCAAGCUGCUUCUUGAGAAAGGAGCUGAUAUUGAGACAAAGGAGAACAUAAGUCAGACAACACCGCUAUGGCAAGCAGCUGUGACGAAGGCAUUGUUAAUCUGUUGCUGGUUGAUAAAGGAGCUGAUAUUGAGGCAAAAGAUUAUGAGCGUAUGACACCGCUAUUAUGGGCGGCUCAUAAUAGUGACGAAGGCAUUGUUAAUCUGUUGCUCGAGAAAAUGGCUGAUACUGAAGCAAAGGACAAUAAGGGCAUGACGCCGCUAUUAUGGGCGGCUCAUAAUAGUGACGAAGGCAUUGUCAAGUUGCUAGUUGAUAAAGGAGCUGAUAUUGAUGCAAAAGAUGAUGAGUGUAUGACGCCGCUAUUAUGGGCGGCUCGGGAAGGUCAAGAAGGUAUUGUUAAUCUGCUGCGUGUGAAAGAAAAAAAAUCACUAUAGAAAAUACAUGUAUACAUGACCUAUAAUUCCAGAUCGAGGUCUCCAGACAUAUGC